AUGUUGUCAUUUAUUCGUUUUCGAUGUUAUCCUAUUAUAAGUUUACCAGCAGUUCGUUAUGGUUCAUCAUCAAAAAAGAAAAUUCUUCCUUCAACAACACCAGCACUUCGUCAUAAUUGGCUUGAUCUAUCAUCAGAAAUUUGUCCAACUGAUACAUCUAAUUUAUCAUUAACUCCAGAUACUUCAUUUAAUACACGUUUAAUUAAAUAUUUAUCAGAUUCAAUAAAAACUAAUCUAACCGAUAAUGUUCAACAACAUUUAUUAACUACAUUUCAAACAUGGUCACCACGAGAAUUCUAUGAUUUAAUAUCUAUUUUUGGUUCAUAUGGUUUACAACCAGUUGAUGUUCUUCGUUUAUUAAUUAAUCUUCCAACUGCUGAUAAAACAAUUGUUAGUGUAAAUAUUUUCAAAGAAUGUUUUGAAAAUCUUCUUCAAUUAAAACUUGAUACAUCAACACGUUCAAUAUUAAUAUCAAAUGAUCCAAAUAUAAUACAAUAUGAUUUAAAUUAUUUACGUGAACGUAUCGAUGUUCUUAUGUGUUAUUUUACUAAACGUGAAAUUUAUAAAUUAGUACGAACACAUAAAAAAAUUUUUAGUGAAAAUUGGUCUGAUCUUGAUUAUAAAAUAAAUUAUUUAAAAAUAAUGUUAUUUGCAUCAACACGUGAUAUUGUUGAAUCGGGUGCAUUAGCAUAUCCAAUUGAUCAUAUACGUCAAAGAUAUUUAUUUGUUUAUCGUUCAGGUUUAUUUAAACGUGUUCGACGUGAAGAACAAUAUAUUAUACAACGUGAUUUAAAUAUUAAUUUAAUUGAUAUUUUUCAUACAAGUGUAUCAACAUUUUUAAAACGUACAACAAAUAAUCUUCUUCGACAAGAUGAUUAUCAAGCAUUUAUUGAUUCACUUAAAUAUGAAACAUUUGAUAAUGAAUUUGAUAAAUAUUUAACAUUAUCAAGAAAUCGAAAAAAUUGGUCAAAAGCUUUUAUGGCAGUUGAGAGAAAUGAACGACGUCAUUGGAUGAGUGAAUUUGAUAUGUAUAAUAAUAUAAAAGAUGAGGAAGAUGAAGAUGAUGAUGAUGAUGAAAAUAGUUUAACAGUAGUUAAUGAAAAAUCAUUAGCUAUAAGUAAUGAUGAAUCGAAACCGAGUAUAUGGCAUCCACUAUCAGAUUAUAAUCCUGAUAGACAUCGAAAUAGAAAAAUUCGACAAAAUAUUGAUCCAAAUAUUCGUUCAUAA